GGAGUAGAAGCAAAGUUGGAGGGGGAGGGGUCUCCAUGCACAUCCCCUGAAGAGAAAGAGGCCCGCAGAGGAGGAUGAAGAGUGCAUCGUGGGAACAGCUGAGAGAGUCCCAGAAGUGGCCCGGUUUAUGAUUCCUCCUCCUCCUCCGUCUUUUCCACUGGCAACGCAAUGAUCUCCGAUACACCCUCUGAACGGUCUCUUAAAGAUGGAGUGGAAAGAGGAGCCAGGCACCUUCCUCAGGCCCUCUUGACCUUUGAGGAGGUGGCUGUGUUUUUCACGGAGGAGGAGUGGGCUCUGCUGGAUCCUGGCCAAAGAGCUCUGCACAAGGAAGUCAUGGAGGAGAAUUAUGAGAUGGUGGCCUCUUUAGGUAAGGGCAGAUUUUUAUCUCUCUUGGCUGUUAGACGUUGGAUACUUAACAGUAUCUCUCCCCCCCCCUUUAAACCAGGUGAUGGAGAAGGCAAUCAGAAUUUUGAGGGGCCAUCUGGAAAGUACUUCACCGUGAGUGAACACCUUAGCACACAACUACAAACGAACGCAGGGGAGAAACCAUUUCAAUGUAUGGACUGUAGGAAGAGCUUCAGGGAUAUGGGAAAUCUUACAAGACAUCAACGAAUUCACACCGGGGAGAAACCAUAUAAAUGUGUGGAGUGUGGAAUGAGCUUCUAUCAUAGGGAAUCCUUUAAUAUGCAUCAGAUAAAUCACACAGGGGAGAAACCAUUUAAAUGUAUGGAGUGUGGGAAGGUUUUCAGUCAAAGGGGAAAACUUACUGUUCAUCAACGGACUCACACAGGGGAGAGACCAUUUCAAUGUAUGGAGUGUGGGAAGGGUUUCAUUGACAGUGGAACUCUUACAAGACAUCAACGAAUUCAUACUGGCGAGAAACUGUUUAAAUGUUUGGAGUGUGGAAUGAGCUUCCGUCAUAGGGAAACGCUUAAUGGGCAUCAACGGAAUCACACAGGGGAGAAACCAUUUUAUUGUGUGGAGUGCGGAAUGAGCUUCAGUGAAAAUGGAAGCCUUACCCAACAUCAACGAACUCACACAGGCGAGAAACCAUUUAAAUGUAUGGAGUGUGGGAAGGGUUUCAGUUGGUGUUCACACCUUACUAUACAUCAACGAACUCACACAGGUGAGAAACCAUUUAAAUGUUUCGAGUGCGGAAGGAGUUUCAGUCAGAAUGGAAAACUUACUAUACAUCAACGAACUCACACAGGUGAGAAACCAUUUAAAUGCUUGGAAUGUGGGAAGAGCUUCAGUCAGAAUGGAGCUCUUGCAACACAUCUACAAACUCACAAAGGCGAAAAACCAUUUAAAUGUAUGGAGUGCGGAAGGAGUUUUGGUCAGAAUGGAAACCUUACUAUACAUCAACGAACUCACACAGGCGAGAAACCAUUUAAAUGCUUGGAAUGUGGGAAGAGCUUCAGUCAGAAUGGAGCUCUUACAACACAUCUACGAACUCACACAGGUGAGAAACCAUUUAAAUGUUUGGAAUGUGGGAAGAGCUUCUGUCAGAAUGGAGCUCUUGCAACACAUCUACGAACUCACAAAGGCGAGAAACCAUUUGAAUGUAUGGAGUGUGGGAAGGGUUUCAUUGAGAGAGGAGCUCUUACAAAACAUCAACGAACUCACACAGGCGAGAAACCAUUUAAAUGUUUGGAAUGUGGGAAGAGCUUCUGUCGGACUGGAGCUCUUGCAACACAUCUACAAACUCACAAAGGCGAAAAACCAUUUAAAUGUAUGGAGUGCGGAAGGAGUUUUGGUCAGAAUGGAAACCUUACUAUACAUCAACGAACUCACACAGGCGAGAAACCAUUUAAAUGCUUGGAAUGUGGGAAGAGCUUCAGUCAGAAUGGAGCUCUUACAAGACAUCUACGAACUCACACAGGUGAGAAACCAUUUAAAUGUUUGGUAUGUGGGAAGAGCUUCUGUCAGAAUGGAGCUCUUGCAACACAUCUACGAACUCACAAAGGCGAGAAACCAUUUAAAUGUAUAGAGUGUGGGAAGGGUUUCAGUGAUAGAGGAGCUCUUACAAAACAUCUAAUAAGUCACACAGGUAAGAAACCAUUUAAAUGUAUGGAAUGUGGGAAAGGUUUCAGUUGGUGUUCACAGCUUACUAUACAUCGAAGAACUCACACCGGGGAGAAACCAUUUGAAUGUAUGGAGUGUGGGAAGGGUUUCAUUGAGAGAGGAGCUCUUACUAUACAUCAACGAACUCACACAGGCGAGAAACCAUUUAAAUGUUUGGAAUGUGGGAAGAGCUUCAAUCAGAAUGGAGCUCUUACAGCACAUCUACGAACUCACACAGGUGAGACACCAUUUAAAUGUUUGGAAUGUGGGAAGAGCUUCAGUCAGAAUGGAGCUCUUACAGCACAUCUACGAACUCACACAGGUGAGAAACCAUUUAAAUGCUUGGAAUGUGGGAAGAGCUUCAGUCAGAAUGGAGCUCUUACAACACAUCUACGAACUCACACGGGAGAAGCCAUUUAAAUCUUUGGAGUGUGGGGAGGGUUUCAGUCAAGGGCAAAACUUACUGUUUGAGGCUGAAAAGGCGUUUCCCAUAAGCUCUGUAUGAAUAAAGUUUCUAUGUUAGUAUUAAGGGUGUUCUUUCAAAAUAGUUGGUUUUGAGUUUCCCAGGGUAUCAAACAACAGCAUUGAUGUAACGUUUAUAUGUAACUAAUGUAACAUUUAUAUGUAAUGAAUGACACAAUAUUAAUACUAAUGUUCAGAUAUAUAGUUAAUUUCUUAAAGAAUAUAUGUGGUUUAGUGAAAUGUCUUUAUUAAAUCAUAGGAAUAGUCAAUCAGGGAUUGUCUGUGAGGACCACAAGUGAUCUCAUGGUAUAAUUGAUGAUAUAUUUAGUAUGCUUAAUGGUAUGAAUGGAGAAGUGUCUGAAGUGAGUGGGAUCAGAUGGCAGUAUGACUCUGAAGACAAGAUAAAGAAAUGAUUAAAUGGAAGAUGAAGAAUUAUUGAGUUAGCCAGUGGACCUGGCGAAAUCAGGAUGGACAAAAAUAAUUGGGCGAAAAUAUGACAUAAGCAGGAUGACAGCAUGUCUGGAUGAAGUAGGACAAUCUGAAAACUAAAAAUAUGAUUGAUGAAUGAGUGAUGAAUGAAUGAGUCCUUAUUGCUUAUUACUUGUUAAUCAAUAAAGAUUGGUAAUCUGAAGA